GGGGGAUGGCGGUCGCGGGGCGGCGGCGGCGGCGGGAGCGGCGGCGGUGCCGGGCGGGGCGGGCGCGGGUGGCGGCGGCGGCGGGCGGCGCCCCCGGGCAAUAUGUUCAAGAGAAUGGCAGAGUUCGGGCCUGACUCCGGCGGCAGGGUGAAGGGCGUUACCAUCGUGAAGCCGAUCGUGUACGGGAACGUCGCGCGGUACUUCGGGAAGAAGAGGGAGGAGGAUGGUCACACUCACCAGUGGACGGUGUAUGUGAAGCCGUACCGGAACGAGGACAUGUCUGCAUAUGUGAAAAAAAUUCAAUUCAAGUUGCAUGAAAGCUACGGUAAUCCUUUAAGAGUUGUUACCAAACCACCAUAUGAAAUCACUGAAACAGGCUGGGGUGAAUUUGAAAUAAUCAUUAAGAUAUUUUUCAUUGAUCCAAAUGAAAGACCUCUUGACCAAGCUGUCCUAAGGUUGGUUGGGUGUUUUUUCUUUGCUGCUGUUCUUGGAAGGCUGUUUGGGAGCCUGUCACGUUCUUCCUUUCCAGGAGGUACCAAGGGGAGUCAGGUAACUUUAUAUCACUUGCUGAAGCUUUUUCAGUCGGAUACCAAUGCCAUCCUGGGGAAGAAAACUGUAGUUUCUGAAUUCUAUGAUGAAAUGAUAUUUCAAGAUCCUACUGCAAUGAUGCAGCAGCUGUUAACAACAUCUCGUCAGCUAACACUAGGUGCUUAUAAACAUGAAACAGAGUUUGCAGAUCUUGAAGUGAAAACCAGGGAGAAGCUUGAAGCUGCCAAAAAGAAGACUAGUUUUGAAAUUGCUGAGCUUAAAGAAAGACUAAAAGCAAGUCGUGAAACCAUCAACUGUUUAAAGAAUGAAAUCAGAAAACUUGAAGAAGAUGAUCAGUCUAAAGAUAUGUGACAAGUGCUGACUUGAGUGUGUACUGAAAAUGGAAAGACUUCAGUCAUAGAAUUGUAUGAGUUUUCUUCAGUUCUUUAACUGGGACUACAAGAAUUUCUCUGGCAAAUGAUGCGAGUUUGUGGCUAUCAACUCCAUAAAUGGAAGAAAAAAGAAAGAAUGUAUUCUUGUUUUAUAGGUAAAAUCUGUGGGUACUUAGGAUUUUUUUCAAGUGGAAGUGGUCUUGAAGACCAGACUACUUUUUCUUGGAAAACUGCAUUUGAGUCGUGUAUGAAAACUUUGUAUUAAGUCUUGUAUUAGUUCAAUGUGAUUUUACAAAAUGCUGGUGUUUACUUUUUUUACUUUUUUUUUCUACUGACUGUUUAGAGCCGCAUCUUUAAAGCUAAAAAUAAAAUAUGCAGUUUUUUAUUUUAA